AUGCUAACAAUAACUCAAGGCUUUAUAGUCCUGAUAAUUUUUUUGUUAAUUGUUGAAUUUUUCAGGCUGCAAAAAGCUUGCAAGCAAUUCCCUCCUGGACCAACUCCUCUCCCAUUGCUUGGAAACUUGCUGCAUUUGAAAUUUCAGUUUCAUCGGGAUCUUCUGAUGGAGCUGGCAAAAACUCAUGGUAACAUGUACACUCUGUGGUUUGGGUGGGUCCCAGUGAUUAUACUGAAUGGAUUUCAAGCAGUGAAGGAUGGCAUGACCACACACCCUGAAGAUGUUUCUGGGAGGCUGGUGUCACCUUUCUUCAGAGCAUUGGCCAAAGGAAAAGGUAUCAUCCUUGCAAGUGGUCGCUCCUGGAAGCAGCAGAGACGCUUUGGAAUAAUGACUCUGCGCAAUUUGGGAAUGGGGAAAAAAGGCCUGGAGCAUCGAGUGCAAGAGGAGGCCUCUCACCUGGUGGAGUUUUUUAUGAACCUAAAAGGGAGACCUGUGGAUCCUUCCUUCCCUCUUUUCCAUUCUAUUUCAAAUGUAAUUUGUGCUGUGGUUUUUGGAUAUCACUUCUCUGACGAGGACAAAACCUUCCACGAACUGAUCCGUGCUACAGAGAAAAUAUUCAGGUUUGCAGGCAGCUUUGUUCACCAGAUGUAUGAAAUCCUGCCCUGGCUGCUGUGUCGCCUCCCUGGGCCUCAUAAGAAGGUGUUGGCUUGCUAUGAUGUCCUGAGUUCUUUUGCAAGGAAGGAGAUCAGAAGACAUGUAGAGAGAGGGAUACCAGCUGAACCACAAGAUUUCAUUGACUUUUACCUGGCUGAGAUAGAGAAAUCUAAAGAGGGGGCCAAACCCAAGUAUGAUGAAGAAAAUUUGGUAUAUGUCAUAAAUGAUCUUUUCCUUGGUGGAUCAGAGACCUCAAGCACUACAUUGUACUGGGGACUGCUCUAUAUGGUGGUGAAUCCAGACAUCCAAGCAAAAGUGCAGAAGGAGCUGGAUGCUGUCCUGGGUCCUUCCCAGUUAAUUUGUUACGAGGAUCGGAGAAAACUGCCCUACACAAACGCUGUGGUCCAUGAGAUUCAGCGCUUCAGCAACAUUGUCUUUGUUGGCAUCCCCAGAUUGUGUGUGAGGAACACAACACUACUGGGAUUCCCUGUCAAAAAGGGCACCAUUGUUAUACCAAAUAUAGCCUCAGUUCUGUAUGACCCUGAGCAGUGGGAGACACCUCGACAGUUCAACCCUGGCCAUUUUCUGGAUAAAGAAGGAAAUUUUAUACCUCGAGAAGCUUUCUUACCAUUCUCAGCAGGGCACAGGGUGUGUUUGGGGGAGCACUUGGCCAGGACCGAGCUCUUCAUUUUCUUUGCCAGCCUGCUGCGGGCGUUCACCUUCCAGCUCCCCGAGGGAGUGACCAAGAUCAACACUGAGCCCAUCAUGGGGGGCACCCUGCAGCCCCACCCCUACAGGGUUUGUGCCAUUCCACGCUAGGCUGCACCAGCCACAGGCCAGCCUGGGACAGCCACCUUCACCUCU